CUCCUGCUGCCGGCACCUCCCCCAGCCUGGACUUUGGCUGUGUUUGUAGCCCUGUCCCAGCGCUCCGGGUGAGAAUGGCAGGCUGCGUCCCGCUGCUCCAGGGCCUGGUCCUGGUCCUCGCCCUCCAUCGUGUGGAGCCCUCAGCCACUUCACUGAAGGAACGACAUGGACUCCAUUCUGACUCUGCUUGCACAGGCGUCCGGGAAAGCUUAUUUCUCCCGGCCUCCAAAGCAAACGACGUUCUGGUGAGGUGGAAGCGUGCGGGCUCCUAUCUUCUGGAAGAACUCUUCGAGGGAAACUUGGAAAAAGAAUGUUAUGAAGAAAUCUGUGUCUAUGAAGAAGCAAGAGAAGUGUUUGAAAAUGAAGUAGUCACCGAUGAAUUCUGGAGACGCUAUAAGGGCGGCUCCCCGUGCAUCUCCCAGCCCUGCCUCCACAACGGCUCUUGCCAGGACAGCAUCUGGGGUUACACCUGCACCUGCUCCCCCGGCUAUGAGGGCAGCAACUGCGAGCUGGCUAAAAAUGAAUGUCACCCAGAGCGGACUGAUGGGUGUCAACACUUCUGCCUCCCAGGACAGGAAUCCUACACGUGCAGCUGUGCUCAGGGCUACAGGCUUGGUGAGGACCACAAACAGUGUGUGCCCCACGACCAGUGUGCCUGCGGGGUGCUGACCUCGGAGAAGCGUGCACCGGAUCUACAGGACCUCCCGUGGCAGGUAAAGUUAACAAAUUCCGAAGGAAAAGACUUCUGUGGUGGUGUUAUAAUACGGGAAAAUUUUGUACUGACAACAGCAAAAUGUUCACUGUUACACAGGAAUAUUACUGUAAAAACAUAUUUUAACAGAACGAGCCAAGACCCGCUGAUGAUCAAGAUAACGCACGUCCAUGUGCACAUGCGGUAUGACGCGGACGCGGGGGAGAAUGACCUGUCACUGCUGGAGCUGGAGUGGCCCAUCCAGUGCCCAGGUGCGGGGCUCCCCGUGUGCACCCCCGAGAAGGACUUCGCUGAGCACCUCCUCAUCCCGCGCACCAGGGGCCUCCUCAGCGGCUGGGCACGCAAUGGCACUGACCUGGGCAACUCGCUGACCACGCGGCCUGUCACACUUGUGGAGGGGGAGGAGUGCGGGCAGGUCCUGAAUGUGACUGUCACCACCAGGGCCUACUGUGAGAGAAGCAGCGUGGCGGCCAUGCACUGGAUGGAGGGAAGUGUGGUCACCAGAGAACACGGAGGCUCCUGGUUCCUCACGGGGGUCCUGGGCUCGCAGCCAGUAGGAGGGCAGGCUCACAUGGUCCUUGUCACCAAGGUCUCCAGGUACUCACUCUGGUUUAAACGGAUCAUGAACUAA